AAAGGGCGGAAGAGAAGAGGUCUAGUUCCGGACGCGGCGGCCGCCGCCGCCAUCUGUCACCUCAGCUCCGGCGUCAGCAGCCCGUCGCCCCUGCCCCACCGCCUCUCUCCUCGACGGAAGCUGCUUCCCUGUCCUGCCACCUCUCUGCUCUGUUUCCGUCGCUGUCUUCUUCCCUCACAUGGAUCUGGUCGGAGUUGCAUCCCCUGAGCCCGGGCCCGCAGCGGCCUGGGGACCCAACAAGUGUCCAUGGGCUACCCCUCAAAAUACAAUAUCUUGUUCUUUGUCUGAUGUAAUGAGUGAACAGUUGGCUAAAGAAUUGCAGUUAGAAGAAGAAGCUGCUGCUUUUCCUGAAGUUGCUGUUGCUGAAGGACCAUUUAUUACUGGAGAAAACAUUGACACCUCCAGCGACCUAAUGCUGGCUCAGAUGCUACAGAUGGAAUUUGACAGAGAAUAUGAUGCACAGCUUAGGCGUGAAGAAAAAAAAUUCAAUGGAGAUAGCAAAGUUUCCAUUUCCUUUGAAAAUUAUCGAAAAGUGCAUCCUUAUGAAGACAGUGAUAGCUCUGAAGAUGAGGUUGACUGGCAGGAUACUCGUGAUGACCCCUACAGACCAGCAAAACCAGUUCCUACUCCCAAAAAGGGUUUUAUUGGAAAAGGAAAAGACAUCACCACCAAACAUGAUGAAGUAGUAUGUGGGAGAAAGAAUACAGCCAGAAUGGAAAAUUUUGCACCUGGGUUUCAGGUAGGAGAUGGAAUUGGAAUGGAUUUAAAACUUUCAAACCAUGUUUUCAAUGCUUUAAAACAACAUGCCUACUCAGAAGAACGUCGAAGUGCCCGCCUGCAUGAGAAAAAGGAGCAUUCUACUGCAGAAAAAGCAGUUGAUCCUAAAACACGUUUACUUAUGUAUAAAAUGGUCAACUCUGGGAUGUUGGAGACAAUCACUGGCUGUAUUAGCACAGGAAAGGAAUCUGUUGUCUUUCAUGCAUAUGGAGGGAGCAUUGAGAAUGAAAAGGAAGAUACUAAAGUUAUACCUACAGAAUGUGCCAUCAAGGUAUUUAAAACAACCCUUAAUGAGUUUAAGAAUCGUGACAAGUAUAUUAAAGAUGAUUUCAGGUUUAAAGAUCGCUUCAGUAAACUAAAUCCACGUAAGAUCAUCCGCAUGUGGGCAGAAAAAGAAAUGCACAAUCUCACAAGAAUGCAAAGAGCUGGAAUUCCUUGUCCAACAGUUGUACUACUCAAGAAACACAUUUUAGUUAUGUCUUUUAUUGGCCAUGAUCAAGUACCAGCCCCUAAAUUAAAAGAAGUAAAGCUCAGCAGUGAAGAAAUGAAAGAAGCCUACUAUCAAACUCUUCAUUUGAUGCAGCAGUUGUAUAAUGAAUGUAUGCUUGUACACGCCGACCUCAGUGAGUAUAACAUGCUGUGGCAUGCUGGGAAGGUCUGGUUGAUCGAUGUCAGUCAGUCUGUAGAACCAACCCAUCCUCAUGGCCUGGAGUUCUUAUUCCGUGACUGUAGGAAUGUCUCACAGUUUUUCCAGAAAGGAGGAGUGAAGGAAGCCCUUGGCGAGCGAGAACUCUUCAAUGCUGUCUCAGGCUUAAACAUCUCGGCAGAUAAUGAAGCUGAUUUCUUAGCUGAGAUAGAAGCUUUGGAAAAAAUGAACGAAGAUCAUGUUCAGAAGAACGGAAGGAAAGCUGCUUCAUUUUUGAAAGAUGAUGGAGGUCCGCCAGUCCUAUAUGAUGAAUAGCACUAAUAGCCACUGCUUUCAGUGUUAACACAGCGGUGAUUGUCAGCUGCCAAUGGCACAUGAAGUUAUGGGUGACUUGAAAUACCAAAACAUGAGGAGUGUACAAUGGUGCUUCUGUGCUUCUUUUCCCUUGUAACCCAUAUGCCAGGUGCGUGGAAUUUUUAGCUCGGUAUCGAAAGAAUAAAAUGUCACUACCUCUCAUGAUAUGAAUAAGGUAAUAUAAUUCUUAAUAGCAGGUUAUCUAGCUGAAAUCAACCUGAUUUUACAGGAUUUGUGGCAUAAAAAGUUUUGAUGAGAAUUUUUAACAUUUCCAAAUAUGGGAGGAAGGGACAGAUGUGUUUACAAGGGAGGCUUUUAUUACAACGUACUUGCCUUUUUCACCUCCCUGUUUUGUGUUGCGUCUUUCCUCAGAUAUUUUAUUGCCCUAAAAUUAGCCCUUCUCAAUUCUUUUUCCAUAUUGUGACCAUGAUUUUAAAGGAAAAUUUCUUCUCUUUAGUACAUAAGUGGAAAUUUGGUUUCAGCAUGACUGACAGAAAUAGACAUUAGCAAAGUACUUUUUAUUGGUACAUUAUGAACAUGAACUGAAUUUUUCUUUUUCAUACUCAUAUCCAAAGAAAGGCAUCAUAGGUCCCUGAAAGAGAGAAAUACAUAAGUACUUCUCGACUAUCCACAUUUUUUAAAUUUAACUUUCAGAUUUUCUACAUUUAGGUGAAAUGGUUAGGAUGUAACUCAUGGUACAGCCACUCUGCAUUUAUAGUGAAAAUGUGAAUUAUCUGGAAGGACAGAAUAGACUCUUUAACCAUGUUUGACAUAUUUUAAUGAAGUCAGUGAAACAAAGUUCAGUUUAUGUUUCACUCAAAUUAUGUACUGAUUGAUUUUGAGAAAAAUACAGCAAGCUAAUUAGAAACAUUAUAUAAUCAAAUGAGGAAAAGUAUAUAUCAAUCAAGUUGGGGUCCAGAUUAACCAACUAAUUUGAACUAUCUGGCCUCACUCUUAAUAAUUUUAGUACUGGCUGGAUGCCACUUUUUGAUACAAGUACUAUACUGGGAAAGUACAUGCUUUGUUAGGAUUGAAGCUCAUUAACUACCACAAAAUCAUUCCUCAUUACUGAAAUCAGAUUGGACUCACUAAAGACCUAAACUCUGGUAAUAGAAAGUAAAAAUCUAAACAUUAUUUAUACUCGAAAGUGUCUCCAUUAAAAUUAUUUUAAAAUGCCAGAUAUGUUCUUUCUAGAAAAAUAUUUAUUUUUGUUCCCAUUGUAUAACUUUUAAUUGCAUUUGGAGAAGUGUGAUUUGGGAUAGAUAUUUGUUACACUUCUGAAAGGUUUACCACUAUGAAACAAAUAUUUAGAUGACUGGUGAUUAUUGGCUUUACAGAAAUUUCAGAGAACUAAUUUUAAAAACUAUUAACCAUUAAAAAUUUUUUUUGGUUUUGUUUUCUGACAUACUGUUUAACAAAGAGCAGCAAACCAUUGCUGUGUGGCAUUCUAGUAGGAGUGUGCUGUGAACAUGCUUUUUAAGAAAUUAAAAAUGAAAAGAUCAUUUUA